AUGAACCUACUUUUACUAAAAACUACUUUUACUAAAAACUUGAGUGGUUGUGGUACUACAGAUAGGGGUGAAGACCUAGGUGGUGGUGAUAAUGUUUCUUCUAUUGGUAAGGACUUAGGUGGUCGUGGUGUUUUUGCUAUUGGUGGGGGCUUGGGUGAUGGUGGUGUUGCUGCUAGGGGUGAGGACGUAGGUGGUGGUGGUGCUUCUACUAUUGGUGGGGACUUGGGUAAUGAUAGUGGCGCUGCUAGGGCUCAGUACUUAGCUGGUUGUGGUAGUGAUUUUUUUAUUGCUGGUGGGGACUUUGAUGCUAAUAGUGUUGCUUCUAGAGGUGAGGACUUAGGUGGUGGUGGUGGUGGUAGUAGUAGUGGUAGGAGUGAUGAUUUGGGUAGUGUAAAUGAUGUUAAUGCUACUGGUGAGAAUUUGGGUGGUGUUCCUGCUGGUAUUAAUCAAAAUUUAGGUGACACUGCUUUUGUUACUGCAACAGAUGUCACAGUCAUUCCAUCAGAUUAG